AUGUCCGCGACUGCCUUUCGUCCUGCGCUCCUCAUCGUGGACGUCCAAGAGGACUUUUGCCCACGCAACGGUGCUCUCGCUGUUCCCGACGGGCGGGCGGUCGUCCCCGACCACCACCCGCCGAACCACGUCAGCUUCGCGUCGAACCACGGGCCCGACGCGGAGCCGUACACGUCCGUCACCACGAUCACGAACCCCGCGAACGCGCGCGAGACGUACGAGACGCAGCUGUGGCCGGACCACUGUGUCGCGGGCACGCCGGGGAACGCGCUCGUGCGCGAGCUCGCCGCGGACAGGCUCGACCGCGUCGUGCUGAAGGGCACGGAUCCGCGCGUGGAGAUGUACUCUGCGUUCCGGAGCCCGCUGCGCGACCCGCCGCUCGCGUCGGCGGUGAGCGAGCUGGCGGAUCUGCUGAGGGGGCAUGAGGUGACGGAGGUGUUUGUCACGGGGCUGGCGGGGGACUACUGCGUGUUCCAUAGUGCGAUGGACUGUGCGGAGGAGGGGUGGAAGACGUAUGUGGUUGAGGAGGCGACGAGGAGCGUUGGCGGGCAGGAGGGCUGGGAGAAGGCUGCUGCGCAGUUGAAGGAGAAGGGGGUGGGCAUCGUGCGGGCGGAUGGAGAGGAGGUUGGUCGCGUGCGUGAGCUGUCGGGCAACGCGUGA